AUGGAGGACCUAUCCAACUGUUUGAAGGUACCACCUUCCGAUUUUAUCUGCAGUAAAACCACUACCUACCUUAUCAAGGAAAGACCCAUCUGUGAAGUUGAAUUGAAAACUAAACAACUGCAAAUCAUUCCAAAGGAUUGUGACACCAAAGUCACUAAAGGCACCUUUGAAAUUUUGGCAUCCAAUAAGUACCAACCAAUGGCUAUUUAUAGUCACUAA